GUGUUCAUUAAAAUACCGCUGAUAAAAUAUUGUUAUUGUUGGCUCAUGGGGUUUAGGUCGAUUAUUCUGUGGUGGUGCUAGUGCCUUCCGAAUUCCGAUGUACUCAGCUCGGCAUAAAAUAGGCUAGAGGAGAAGCGGCAUUAUACAUUUGUCAGUUAAAAUAUGGCUCAAGUGUUUGCCAAGCGCAAUCCACGAGGACAAAGCAACCAAUCACCGCAUAUUUACGAUUUAUCGGUACAGAAUUCCCUGCGCGAUCGUCCAAUAGGUUACGUCGUUAACAGUCAUCAAAUACUUUAUCAUGGUUGGUAUCGUUUCACAGAAGACGUGAAAAACUAUGAACCACUUAUAGAUAGCCUCGAACAUGCUUUUUCUAAUUCUGUGUUUUGCUGCGGAGGAUAUGUACGCACACCAGAUGACAACCUCGAAGAUUUUAUCUUAAAAGUGAAACCGAAAGCUGGUUCCGAAGACGAGGAAAAUUGGAAGAAAUUCUCGCUGAACAAAAUUCUUCCUGAAGAUCUAAUGGAAUACUGCAAUCCUUCACCAUUCGGAGAUUUAAAAGAAAUGAAAACAAUACUUGACCCUGAAGUUCGUCUAGCUCAUGAAAUUGAAACAGAUAGAUUUGAUUUUGGUUACGUAAGUCGGAGACAUACAGAUAGAUUUGUACAAUCUAAAGUAUUGCCUGGGAAUUUUUCAAUAGAUUACCAUAUUGCAGACGAACUCGUGCCGGGAAGACAUAUCGAUCUGAAGCGAAAUAAAUUGAAUAUUUACGGGAAGGGUGGUUUUUUCAAGUCACAUGUAGAUACUCCCUCGCAUGAUAACAUGAUAGGAACACUGGUUGUAUGCCUUCCUUCACCCCACAAAGGAGGAGAGUUGAUCGUUAGCCACGAUGGCCUUGAACAUGUCUUUGACUUUUCGAAGCUCUCGGAUGAUCCCAGCGUAUUUCAAUGGGCUGCGUUUUAUGGGGAUUGCGUUCACGAAGUGAGACCUGUUGUUGAAGGCUUUCGAGUUACAAUUACGUACGGUAUCACCUUAUCAGAUCGUAGAAACUUGAAGGAAGGUUACUGUGACAGACGUCAAACUCCUGUGGAAGAGCAUUUCGAAAUGAGCGCAAAAUGCGAAUUGCAUUCCUUUGCUAAAGUAGAUCGUGCCCUCGCAAAUCUUCCAGAAAAACUUGGUUCCAAAGCACCAGACUAUAUUGGGUUUAUAUUAAAACACAAGUACACCUUACCAGGGCUGCAACCAAAUAUGCUUAAAGGUGAAGACAAAGAUUUGCUCGAUUACCUCACUGACAAGGGUUGGAAAUGUCAACUUAAAACUAUCCUAUCCAGAUUUAUGACAACAAUGGUGUCUAUUGAUAUAGGGGAGAUGGAUAUUGAAGAAACGCAUGAGAUAUACGAAUUCAAACCACAUGAAGGCAUCCCUCCUGACUAUGAGUGGUACUACCCUUCCUUACCCGAAUGGUCUGAUCGUUUCUCGGGCCGACAAAAUCCACUCCGAAAUUUUCGUGAGUGGCGUGUUGGAAUUCCUUUUAUUGAAAUAUAUCGGAAGCCAGAUGACGGUAAGCUUGUACGCAACAAUGAAGGAAAAAGUCGAUGGGUUGGUAAUGAAGUGCAUGAUGUUGAUGUGGAUAAAAUUUAUUUGGAUUCUGCUCUCAUUGUCCAGCUUGGAAACAAGACUGAGUAAAUCUUUUUAGAAUAACUGAAGUCUGAACUAUAUAUACAUGGACAAGCCAAAAACAAAUUAUCGAGACUAUACUAUUACUAGCUAAAAAAUAUAAUUUGAUAAUACACAGUAUAACUAUAAGUAAAUAAAAUAUAAUUUUAAGAAUGAAUAUAUAUAACGACGUUAACAUUAAUCUGCGCGAGGUUGAAACGAAUAUAUAUAAAUUUCAAUGACAAUGUGCAUAAAAUGGUGCAUCAUAUCAUAUGACACCUCACCAAUAUUAUUAGUGUUAAACAUAUAUUAUAUAUUACUCAUUGAUUAAUUCCGUAAUUGUUGAUCAACAGUUAUACUGUCUAUACUGGUAUAGCAAAUUUUAUGCCAAAAUAUGUAAAAUGGGCUUUCAAGAUUAAAUGGGCUAUUUAAUACUUAAUAUUUAGUCUUGAACUGUCUGUGAACAACGAAAGCUUGCUCAUUAUUUAGUAAAAGCAAUCUGGGUUUUGUCGAAUCCGUGGCUAAUUUCGUGAAAAGUAGGCUCGUUAUUCGAUCUCAAAAAAUCAGUUUGAUAUCAUUUUGUGCAGUUGAUUUUAUGUUGUGGACUUGUGGCUGCAUAGUUCGGGUGUUAACCCGGGAAAAUGUUGAAAAUUGUGGGUCACAGGAACGCCAAUUGAAACCAAUGGUUGAGGCUAUUUUUCUACAGACAGCAUCAAUGUGACUGCAAGGGGGUGCAAAUCCGAUUCUGGG